GGCAGUCCGAGUUACUAAAGUGCCAUCGGUUUUCUCUUAAUUUUAGUGGAUGAUCCCUGUUGAAUUUGCAUUAUUGGCGAAAACCGUUUGUUCUCCAACAAUUGCACCGUCAUGAUGGAGCUCAGACUGAGCUACUUCGUUUUCUUUCUAUUGUUGAAAAACGCGAAUGGGGACGUGAGCUAUUCCUUUCAAGAGGAAAUGAAGCGUGGAUCGGUUAUUGGGAAUAUAGCGAAGGAUCUUAACCUGGAUUCGAGUAAAUUGUCUACUAGGAAUGUCCGUAUUGAUGCAACAGGGACCCGCAAACGUUAUUGUGACAUCAAUCUGAGCAACGGAGAUUUAAUUGUUGCCGAUAUGAUCGACCGGGAGGAGCUCUGUGGAGAAAAGCUGUCGUGUGUAAUAAAACGCGAUGUUGUUUUGGAGAAUCCCCUGGAACUGCAUCUGCUCAGUCUUCACAUUCAAGACAUUAAUGAUAACUCGCCACAGUUUAAAGAAGAAUCAAUCAAUAUAGAAAUCCGUGAGUCGGAGAGGGGAGCUCGUUUUGUGCUAGAAGAGGCGCACGAUGCAGAUGUGGGGCAGAAUUCAGUUCAGCAGUACAGCCUCAAAAAGAAUGAUCAUUUCAUUUUGGCUGUUGAUGGAAACACAAUAGAGCUUGUUCUUGAAAAGGAACUUGAUCGUGAAAAACAACAAGAGAUCAAUUUGAUCCUCACUGCUUUAGAUGGAGGCUCUCCUCAGAGAUCAGGUACUGUAGUCAUACACGUCACUGUGCUGGAUGCUAAUGAUAACGCCCCAGUGUUUAGCCAGGCCGUCUAUAAAGUCAGUCUGCCUGAAAACUCUCCUUUAGACACUGUAGUGGUCACAGUGAGCGCUACUGAUGCAGACGAGGGAGUCAACGGAGAUGUGACGUAUGAAUUUGGACAUGUUACUGAAGAUGUCAAGAGAAUUUUUAGUAUUGACCGUAAGAUUGGCAAAAUAAAAGUGAAUGGAGCAAUUGACUUUGAGACUGCGACGACAUAUGAUUUGCGCAUUAAAGCAAAGGAUGGUUUGGGAUUGUCGUCUUAUACAAAGGUAACAGUUGCUAUCACAGAUGUUAAUGACAACACACCUAUAGUCUAUGUGAAAUCUCUGACAAAUCCAGUCCCUGAGAACUUGUCACCUGGUUCAGAGGUGGGCAUCAUUAACGUGCAGGAUGCAGAUUCUGAAAAGAACCAACAGGUCCGCUGCUCAAUUCAGAACAAUGCACCUUUCAAGUUGGUUCCUUCUAUUAAAAACUAUUAUUCUCUGGUGACCAGACAACUGGACCGUGAACUAGUGUCUGAUUACAACAUUACAAUCACUGCCACUGACGAGGGCUCUCCCCCUCUGUCCUCCUCUAAAACUGUUCAGUUAUCUGUAGCGGACAUCAACGACAACCCACCUGUGUUUGAGGAGCAGUCCUACAGCGCAUAUGUGACUGAAAACAACAAACCUGGCUCCACUUUAUGUUCUGUUACGGCUCGAGACCCCGACUGGAGACAAAACGGUACCGUGAUUUAUUCUCUGUUACCCGGUGAGGUGAACGGUGCCCCGGUGUCGUCCUACCUGUCUGUUAACGGAGACACAGGGGUGAUCCACGCUGUGAGGUCGUUUGAUUAUGAACAGUUCAGGAGUUUUAAAGUCCAAGUGAUGGCCAGAGACAACGGUUCUCCUCCGCUCAGCAGCAACGUGAUCUGUGUGUUCAUAUCGGAUGUUAAUGACAACUCUCCUCAAAUACUGUACCCCGCCCUGGAUGGCAACUCCUUCAUGACCGAGCUGGUCCCCAAAGCUGCACAAGGAGGCUCUCUGGUGUCCAAAGUGAUCGCGGUGGACGCGGACUCCGGACAGAACGCCUGGCUGUCCUAUCAUAUAGUCAAAUCCACUGAUCCGGGACUUUUCACUAUUGGUCUCCACAGCGGAGAGAUCAGGACACAGCGGGACAUUUCUGAGUCUGACAGCAUGAAACAGAACCUUAUUGUGGCAGUGAAAGAUAACGGACAGCCCUCUCUCUCUGCCACCUGCUCCAUGUAUUUACUUAUCUCUGAUAACUUGGCUGAGGUGCCAGAACUGAAGGAUAUUUCUUAUGAUGAGAAGAACUCCAAACUGACCUCUUAUCUGAUCAUCGCACUGGUUUCUGUGUCCACCUUUUUCCUCACCUUCAUCAUCAUCAUCCUCGGUGUGAGGUUUUGUCACAGGAGAAAGCCCAGACUGUUGUUUGACGGAGCAGUCGCCAUCCCCAGCUCUUAUCUCCCUCCUAAUUACGCAGAUGUUGACGGCACAGGGACUUUACGCAGCGCUUACAACUAUGACGCCUACCUGACAACAGGUUCUAGAACCAGUGACUUUAAGUUUGUGUCUUCUUACAAUGACAACACACUGCCUGCUGACCAGACUCUGAGGAAAAGCCCUUCAGACUUUGCUGAAGUGUUUGGAGAUUGUGAUUCUUCUCCUGAGGUGAGAUAAUUUUCAUAUCCUUUCUUUUUAAAUCCCACACAGAUCUCCCACAGGUGUUAGUAAUACAGUCUCACACAAUCGAGAUUAAUCACCAUCGACCCAUAUUUAAUUUCCAUCAAUUUUCCAUGUCUUUUCUUUGCUCUGUCUUUUCUUCUUUAUCUGUUCUUCACCACUAUAAAACUGCAUUGAAACUAUUAAAAAGAACGACACUGAUCUUCUCAAAUCUUGCCUUGAAAGUGAUAUUCCUACAAGAAUGACAUUUUAGGCAGCAGUCUUGUAACACAGGCAGCUGCAUUACUCCUAUUUUUGCAUGCUUUGUGAUCCCACCCAAUAUUUUACAUUACAUGAAUAUUAAUCAUCUUGCU